UCUCUAAGCUUUGACACAGACUGUUGUUGAUGUGCACACAAAACAAACAAACAAACAGCUUCCUUCCUUCAUUUCUUUUCUUUCCCCAAUACAAUACAUUCCCCAAUUUAAAAACCGCCAUCUCUCUCUCUCUCUCUCUCUCUCUCUCUCUCUCUCUCUCAGAUCCUAAACGACGACCUCCAAAAACCCUUUUGGUUUUUACCCUCUAAUUCCAUCUCUAGCCUCUUCAAUCUACUUUUUUAAUUUCUUUAAUAUAUUUACACAGAUUUGUCUCCUUGUGAGUCCUUCCGGAAAUAGGAUAUUAUGAGCUGUAAUAAGCUCCUGAUAUUCGACUGUAUACCCGCUUAAUUGUCUUCUUCUGCCAAUUGGGGUUUCCAUUCUUACAUGGCGAAGAGGGUCUACGAAGUCUGGAAAGGAAGAAAUAAAUUCUUUCUUGGAGGAAGGUUGAUUUUUGGUCCAGAUGCCAGGUCACUGCCUGCUACAGUAUUGCUGAUUAUUGUCCCAGUUAUAACUUUUUGUAUAUUUGUUGGAAGACAUCUUCGCCAUCAGUUUCCAUCAUACAAUGCAGGAUCCAUAAUCAUUGUUGCAGCAAUCCUCUUCACCAUCUUUGUAUUGGUCCUUCUCCUUCUUACAUCAGCCCGGGACCCGGGAAUCGUCCCCCGCAACUCACAUCCACCAGAAGAAGAAUUACGCUAUGACAACUCAGCAGCACACGAAAUAGGUGGAAGACAAACACCAAGUUUACAGUUCCCUCGAACCAAAGAAGUUAUGGUCAACGGGAUUUCUGUUAGGGUCAAAUACUGUGACACUUGCAUGCUUUACCGGCCCCCACGCUGCUCUCACUGUUCCGUUUGUAACAAUUGUGUCGAACGCUUUGACCAUCACUGCCCUUGGGUCGGUCAAUGCAUCGGAAUGAGGAAUUAUCGGUUCUUUUUUUUAUUUGUGUCGUCUGCAACGAUUCUUUGCGUAUACGUAUUCGCCAUGUCAGCGUAUUACAUGAAGGUUUUAAUGGAUGAUUACCAGAGUACGGUUUGGAGGGCAAUGAAAGAGUCUCCCGCAUCUGUGGCUCUCAUGGCUUAUUGUUUUAUUUCACUGUGGUUUGUUGGUGGACUCACUGGGUUCCAUCUCUACCUUAUAAGUUCAAAUCAGACGACAUAUGAAAACUUCCGGUAUAGAGCGGACAACAGGUACAAUGUUUAUAACCGGGGAUGCGUAAACAACUUUCUAGAAGUUUUCUGCACGAAAAUAAAACCCUCGCGGAACAAGUUCCGGGCGGCGGUGCAAGAAGAAGUGCAGCGGCCGCCACCUCCGGCCACCACCCGGGAGGUCGCCGGAGAGGAGCCAGGGCCUGAGGAGCGGCGGAUGAAAGUGGAGGAUGAUCUUGAUAUCGGAGGAGAUUUAUUAAAGAUUUCUCAACGCCAUAACAUUGAAGAUAUUGAAUCAGCAGAUAUAAGAAGUAGAGGAAGUGAUAAUAAUAUUAAUAAUAAUAAUAACAAUAAUAAUAAUAAUAAUCAUUGUUCGGAAGUUGAAAUGGAGAGGCGUGGGCGUGCUUCUUCUUCGCCACCUGGAACUGGAAGACAUUCGAGUUGGGAUUUAUCACCGGAAGUUGUUGCCAUGAAUUCAAAGGAACGCCACCAAUGAUGAUUGAUUACGAUGACUCACACAUUAGUAGGGCUACUUUAGGAUUUUUUUUUUUUUGGUGGAUUUGGAUGAAUUUGUGUGAUGAUGAUUUGAUUGGCUCCAUUCUUUGUGUAAAUAAGUACUUUUCAAGACUGUUUUUGAUACUUUUGGGUUAUGGUGUGUUAUUAUUGUUGAAGGCUUAUUUGAAUUUCUUUAUAACCAAAUCAGCUUUUUA